AUGGAUGGUAGUAAACCACCAAAUAAUUGUGUAGAGUUGGAUGCUUCUGUAACCUAUUGUUCGAGUGAAGGUGAAGUUCAUAAAGCAAACAACACACUGCUUGGUGACACCUAUAGAGUUUGGCAAACUGCUGAACUCACCGACCUAGCGGUUAUCGAAUAUCAAUUCAGUGAACCAAGAUAUAUUAAGGCGAUCGAUAUUACCAAUGCCGGUUGUUCUUUCAUCGAGGUAUUAGUUGGUUAUUCAACUUGGGAAACAAAUGAAUAUCAAGUAAUGGUACAAUUAACAACAUUUAUGGCAGCGAGUGAUAGUAAAGAUAAUACAAAUAGAUCGAGAUCAAUGAGAUUCGAAGGAUCAAAGAUAACAUCGAUGACCGCGAAUAGACGGUGGGAAAAGGUGCGGGUGAUCUGCAAGCAACCGUUCAUCAAGACCAAUAUCGGAAUUGCAAGUAUCAAGUUCUACGGAAAACCAGAGACUAAAGUCGAGAAAGAAGAUGUGCUGGCAACCACACCAGUACCGCUGGCAGGCGAGAAUUUCCCUGUGCCUCAGGGGAAACUGUCGAUCUCUUCAAGCAAUGUCUUAAAUUCACCGGGUCAGUUGGAUAGCAGUGCUACAGAUCUCGAUACAUCGAUGACCGACAUUGAAACGACACCGACAAAACUCAAUAGUUCAAAGACCAUUUUGGAUUCCAGCAACAAAAAACUCAAUCGUUCAGGAAGUUUAACAUUUUCAAAUUCGAAAUCUAAAUCGAUAUUGACCAAUAUUCUACCUGGCAAAUGUAUUGUCGUAAAGAAACCGUCAGAGUUGGAAGAGGAAUUUAAUAAAGUUGCAACAAACAAAGACGAUAAUCAUCAUCAUCACAAGAUGGAUAUAGAUACACCAUCAUCAUCAUCAUCGAAAAAACCAAAAGAAACAAGUAAACCUAAACUUGUUGAACCAAAAGAUGAAGAUACAGAAGAGGAAGAUGGACAUACCGAUGAGGAUGACAACGUUCAUACAAUUGUAGUGGAGCCAAAAGAAUCUAAAUAUAUUACUCCAUUUGGUCUUAUAUUGAAAGGAGUUGUAAUUGUAAUAGGUGGAAUUGUUAAUCCUAGAAAAGGAGAGUUGAGAGUUAAAGCUUUGGAGAUGGGUGCCGAUUAUAAGCCGGAUUGGUGUAAGGGUGCAACUCAUUUGAUUUCACCUUAUAUUGGUACUCCCAAAGCGGAUGCAUGCGAUGGGUCGAUUGUUGCACCGGAAUGGAUCGAUGAGUGUUACAAACAAAAGACAAGACUGGCAAUCAAAUCAUUCGCUGUAACCAAGACAUUCCCAAAGCAAGAUUCAAAGAACAAACAACAACAAUCAACUUCGAAAUCAGUGGGUAAGAGUAUUAGUACCAGCUCUGGCAAGAAGAAGAAGGGCGGAAAGAAGAAAAAGAGUAAAUCAACCGAUCCAAACGAUCCUACCGACUCUGAAGAUGAAGACGAUGGAUUACCAAAUGAAUACGAUCUCAACGAUGAUUUCAUUGAUACUGGCGAUGUCGAUGAUUCAGCCGACGACGACGACAACGAUGCAGAUGGUGACGACGAGAACUCGGAUGACGACGACCCAUGGAGUGAGAGAAGACUGAACAAGAAGCGUGAGAAGGAAGAUAUCGACGAUUUAUUGAAGGAUGGACUUGGAUUUUUAAAGAGAGAGUACGGUUCGAACGAUGCUAUGAUCAAACAACUGUCAAGCUCCACAAAGAAACCUAAGCACAAACAUCACAAUCGCACUGAGAGCAAUGGAAAGAAUCACAAGAAACAGGCAGACAUUGAAUAUAUGCCAAAAGAUGAGGAGACAGUAUUCGAUAACAAUCUACUGUUUGAUUUCGGAACACAAGAGAUCUCACACGAACAAAUUAAAGCAGAACUCAAUAAGAUUGUUAGUUUAGCACCAACGUCAGACAAAUCACCACCACCCAAGACCGAAGAUUUCGAUACCGAUGAAGAUGAAGAUAUUAAACCAGAGUUCUUUGCUCCUUCCAAUGGAGCAAAUAAAUCGAAAUCGAAAUCAGCAUUAACAACAGAAACAUCAACAACAAAAACUACACCAUCAACAAACAAUAAUGAUUUGAAAGCAAAAUCAACAACAACUACAACCACUACUAAUAAUAAUACCACUACAAUUUCAACAUCUCCUCCCAAAGCAAAAGAAAAGAAAGUAGAUGCUGUAAUUGUAAAGGGAAAAGAAUAUAUUAUCGAUCCAUUACCAACAUUCUUUGAUGGAAUCAAUUUCUAUUUAAGUUUGAAAGAUGAAAAUAUAAAGAAUCAAGUAAAGAGAUAUAUAAUUGCUUAUAAAGGUACUCUUAAUAUACAACCUACAGAAUCAACAAAAUUCAUUAUUACCGAUAAGAAUUGGGAUAGAUUAUUUGAUAUUAUCAAAGCUAAAUACCCAAGUGUAACAUUUUUAAAGCCAUCGUUUAUCAUGAAAUCACAUAACUAUCAAAAGAUUGUACUGACCGAAUCACAUGAAAUAUCAAAAUAA